AUGGGAGCAGCGUUUGGAUCAGCGAAAGAGAGAUCAACGUUUAAAGCAAGUGGAGGCGCAGCACUAUGCAGAACUCACUUUGAAGCCAAAGAUCAGCCCUUUUGCCCAGGCGUGGAGUCAAAAGCAGGCGGAGGCCGUUCGAGAAAGCCCGAGCACGAACAGUGUGUUCGAACGUCUCUACCAAGCAGCUUUGCAACAGGAGGAGAAGCAAACAGCUGCCAAAAGAGAGCGAGAGUCCGACCAGGCCGAAUGCCUUUCUCCAGCUCCGCCCAUCAGCAACCGCAACUCGCCUCCACGAAGGAUUCCCACUUCCGAGCUUCUCUACAGCGAUGCUCUCGACCGCCGCGAGAGGCUUCGCAUCAUGACGGAGCAAAUGCAGCUGCGGCGCGAAGAGGAAACAAAGGAACGCUGUGCGGUGCUCUACAAGUCGAGCAGGUUGUACUAUCAGCUCAUCGAGAAGCAAAUCAAGGCAGCCUUCGAUGGAGCAGCCAACGGGCAAGCACAGCUUGCCCAGGCAUCUUUGGAGGACUUCUUGGUGCGCUUCAAAUGCAUGAGGCCGAGGAAGAACGGAGAGGCCUCUUCUUGCCUGACGACUGCUUGUUUGUGGUGAAAAUCAUUGUCUUUGUUGUCUUCUUCCGGUUCUUCAGUGUGGUCGUUGUUGUAGUGAUCAGCAAAAUAGCAUCCACCAAGAACCGGGCUCCUGCCAUAGCGGCAGGCGCGGCGGCAGCUCUUCUUCUGGCCCCUGCCUUCCUGGCCCCUCAACAGGUCCCGCGACAAGCAGUGCGCCAUUCCCAAGCUGUCAGCGCCACGAGCAGCACUGAAACUUUCGCAGCUGUUGGCACAGCCAGUGCCACUGCUGCUGCAAUGGCUGGAGCAGUUACCGCUGUCGGCAGGAAAAAAGCCACUUCCCGGGGUGCCAUGCCCCGGAGCUGCAAAUCGAAGCAGCAGAAGCACGAGGAAUUUCCCACGCGCUUCUCCCAUCUGAUCUCUAUGGCGCAUGCGCUUCUGCAGAGACCAAUGCCAGAUCAGCUGCAGCACCUGGUGGAAGAGCUCCACCUUUUCGCUGCAGCUGAGCUCCGCCGUUCCAUGACGCUGUCAGCUUCGGUGUCCGGUGCCUUCGCAGAGGUUGUAGCAGGGGCCGAGGAGGCCUCAUGUUCGAGUCCCGAUGGGCAGCUUCGCUGGGCAGCCAGUGCAGCUGCAUCUCUUCUGCUGACCUACACGGUCACCUUGCAGCCGGCGAAUGCAGCGGACGUCGUGAACUACUCGGAGUUCCUGGAGUCGGUCAAGAAGGGAAAUGUGGAAAUGGUGCGCGUGCAGAACGACAUGCUCUCAGCACAGUACACGACGAAGGAUGGCGCGAGACGGGAUGUCAACCUGAUUCCCAAUGCUCAGAUCGAGGAUGAGCUCUUCAAUACAUUGGCAGAAAGGAAGGUCGACGUAGUCAUGCAAAAUGCUAACGCCGGCGGUUCUCCGUUGGAUUUCCUCGCACGGUUUGCGGGUCCCAUUGCCUGGCUAAUUGCCGGCCUGCUUCUUUUGUUCGGAGGCUUGCCAUUUGGAGGUCCUGCGGGGCCUGGAGGCCCCGGAGGCAACCCCUUCGAGCUUGGAAAGUCCAAAGCUCGCAUCAUCAAGGAUGGUGACACCAAAGUUAAGUUCGGCGAUGUUGCAGGCUGCGAUGGUGCAAAGCAGGAGUUGGUAGAGGUCGUGGACUUCCUGAAAAACACUUCAAGGUAUUCUGAGCUGGGCGCCAAGAUCCCGAAAGGUGCUUUGCUGGUGGGUCCACCUGGCACCGGGAAGACGCUGCUUGCAAAGGCCGUGGCGGGAGAGGCUGGUGUGCCGUUCUUUAGCAUUUCAGCCUCGGAAUUCGUGGAGAUCUUUGCGGGCAUUGGUGCGUCCAGAGUGCGCGACCUCUUCGAACAGGCCAAGAAGUCUGCUCCAUGCAUCAUUUUCAUUGACGAAAUCGAUGCCGUGGGCCGGCAGCGAAGUGCUGGCUUCGGCCAAGGCAACGAUGAGCGCGAGCAGACGGUGAAUCAGUUGCUGACCGAGAUGGACGGCUUCGAGAGCAACAAGGGAGUCGUUGUCAUCGCGGCAACGAACAGGGCUGACAUCCUGGACCAAGCUUUGGUGCGACCUGGACGUUUCGAUCGUCAAAUCCAGGUGGAUCCUCCGGACGUGCAAGGGCGCACCGAGAUCCUCAAAGUCCAUGCCAAGGACAAAAACCUGGCACCUGGUGUUGACCUGUCUGCGAUAGCGCGGCAGACACCUGGAAUGUCGGGUGCCGACCUUGCGAAUCUCUUGAACGAAGGUGCCAUCCAGGCAGCCAGAUCAAACAAAGCCGAGAUUGACUCUGACGAUAUCUUCAAUGCUCUGGAACGCAUCUCCAUUGGCCUCGAGAAAAAGGAUGCUGUCAUGUCCGAGCAGAAGAAGAAGUUGGUUGCUUACCACGAAGCCGGCCAUGCCAUCUUGGGUGCCUUGAUGAACGACUACGACGUUGUGGCAAAGAUCAGCAUCGUCCCACGCGGGCCAGCUGGUGGGGUCACCAUCUUCAUGCCAUCUGAGGAUCGCUUGAACUCAGGCCUCUACUCCAAGGAGUUCUUGGAGAAUCGAAUGUGUGUGGCACUGGGUGGUCGCCUCGCAGAGGAGAUCAUCAAUGGUAGAGACAAUGUCACCACAGGUGCCUCCAACGACUUCCAGCAGUGCACGCAGGUGGCCAAGACGAUGGUGAUGCAGCUUGGAAUGUCGCCAGAGAUUGGCCAGCGCCUCCUGGGAGGACAGCAGCAGGGUGGGCCGUUCAUGGGGCGUGAUUUUAUGGGCGGCGGUGCACCGCCAAUAUCCCAAGCUCUGAAGCAAAGGGUGGAUGCGGAAGUGAAGCGCAUCGUGGACGAGCAGUACCAGCGCGGCAUGAAGCUGCUGAGGGACAACAUGUACCUCCUGGACACGCUGGCCAGAACUUUGAUGGAGGAGGAAAAGGUUUCCGGUGAUCAGUUGAUGAAGAUGAUCAACCAAGCGGCUGCUGAAGGCAAGCUCGUUAUGGGCAACAGCAAGAUGGCCGUGGCACCCUUGGUCGGCGAGAAGGUAGCAGCAGAUGACCUGGAGUCUGCCAGGCUUCAAGCAGCCUUGUGGAGACACUUAGAUCCAAACAAGGUGGGUCAUACGGAUCUAAAAACCGUGACCCUCUUCUUCCACGUGCUCAUGGGAGCAGUUGACGAUGCAGUUCAGAAUGCGGGCAGCGCCAUGGAGGAGCCGGGAGCUUCACCCAGCAAGUCGACUGCCAGUGAAGGUGGGAGUAUCGCCCUGCAAUCCAUCAAUGAAGAGAGCUUUGCAGAGGCAGUUGACAAGGGGGACUCUGUCCUAGCAGCAUUGAGCAAGACUGCUGGCAUUCAGGAAGAUGAAGACCGGCGGCUGGUAGAAUUGCUGCUGCGAUUCGACCCGUUGAGGCUGCGAACUGAGUUCCAGCCGCUGUUGCUGCACCGUAUGCACUACCAGGGUAUGGCAGAGCAGGAGCGAUCACCUAGGAAGGAGGAAGGGCCCAACGUGGUCAACCCUGUCAUUGAUGCGCAGUCUCGUUCUUUGGCCGAGAAGUUGCUGGAGAAGCAAAGAAGUGAGUCUGGAAAAGCCACACACGCAGAGCUUCUUUUUUGGCGGCACAAGCAAGUUCAGGCGCGAAAAGAGUCCUUAAGAAAGCAGCUCAACCAGGAGGAGGAAAAGGGCUGCACGUUCCGACCGAAGUGCAAUCCGUCCAAGCCGAAGGACGGACACGUCGAGAUACAGACGCCGCCGGGCAGCACCCGAUCAGAGGUUCUGUAUGCUCGAGGUCUUGCUGAUAAAGAACGGCGGAAGGCCAAGGUUCUUGAGAGCGAGAAGGCCAGAAGCACAGCCGAGGCGCGAGGAUGCACAUUCCGACCAAAUCUUUCCAAGAGCGUCAAGAGUUACCACAAGACUCAGAAGACAACGCAGGUGCCUCGAGGCUUCUAUGAAACGCGCCAAAGAAUACGCGCUGCCUAUGAAAUCCGUGAGAAGGUGUUACUGCAACAGGAGGACCGAAUGGCCAAGAUCGAGCAGACGGUCCCGUACCAGGUGUCAGGGCCUACUUCAGCCCCUCUGGUUGGCAAGAGCCCGCUUCCUUCCACAGGCAACUCGCCCGGCCUCUCUCCAGUGCCUGAGUCCCCGGCGAAGGAUCCGCGGCAGCGACCAGGAAAGGCUGUUGCAACAGGGCACACAAGCUUCACGCCACCGCGGCGCAGCGGCGACGCUUCGGAGGAGAUGCGCCCCGAAGCCGAAGGAGCGGGUCUCGAUUCUCAGCCUGCUGGAGAUGAAGGCAAUGCCGAAGGCAAUGCCAGUCCAAAGGAGCGGGCUCAGGAGGAUAUACCACCAGAUGCGCCGCCCAUGCUUUAUGUGGAUGUGAACAUUACGCAGGGGCAGCCAGCCGAAAGGAUCGUUCUGUAUCAGGGUCAGAACGUUAGCGAAGUGGCUGCCGAAUUUGCCGCCAAGCACGUUCUGACACCAGCCUUGGCACAGAAGCUGCAUACGCUUCUCCGAGAGGUUGUGCUGAAGCAGGAGCUGCAAAAUCAAGCGAGGUAG